CCGGGAGAAGCGGCCGGUGUUUGUCGCGGCGCCAGGCCCACGCGUGACGUGCGGGGAGCGCGGCUGGACGCGGGGCUUCCCGCUGCCCCGGAGUCGGCGUCUAAGGGCGGUUUUGUGCGUGGUCGUUGUCAGCUGAGAGGGGAGAAGCAGCGUGUGCUUGUGUGCAGCCGGCCGGGAGCUGCCCCGUGCCCCGUGUCUGCAAUUAAGGGACUGCAUCUGCGGCAGCUGUGUCCCGUAGCCAGCCCCGUGCGGCGGGGGCUGCGGUGGGCUCGGCAGCUUGGCUCUUGACCUUGGGUUUUUGGGCAGUGGGUGCAACUGCUCCUUUCAGAUCCCUCAGUGGUGCUGGCAAAGAGUGAGCGCUCUUUACAACCUCUCGCACGCUUGGAGCACCAGUGCUGUAGCUCAGCAAGACCACGACAUCUAAUUGCACAGACUUCCCAGGAAUUGAGUCUUCAGGGCUCUGCCGUAUGCUGCUCCCAGCCUCAGAGGAGGGCCAGAGGGGCCACGUGGAAUGGCCGUGACGGCCUCACUUCUGCAAGCUGUCACACUGCGAGUAGGAAGUCUGCAAAAGUGAUCUGUUUAGAUCAGUUUGGUGUGUGUUCAUUUCACUUUCUGUAAAUGCCAAAGCAGACAGGCUUCCACAUCAUGUGCCAGAAGCAGCAGUCGGUUAGAGCGAGCUGUAAUUGUCAGUGAGAGCGGGCUGUGAUCUUCCUUAUGGAGCAUCUUCCUUGCAAGGAAAGGCUGUGGCAACUGGUGCUGUUUAGUCUGGAGAAGAGAAGACUGUGAGGGGACCUCAUUACCGUUUACAAAUGUCUACAUGGUGGAUGUCAGGGUGUUGGGGCAUCAUGUUUUUCUGUUGUAGCUAGUGAUAGGACAAGGGGUAAUGGAAAGAAGCUGGAACACAGCAAGUUCCAUUUAAACAUAAAUUAAAAGGAGGUGAGGGAGCCUUGGCACAGGCUGCCCAGGGAGGGUGUGGAGUCUCCUUCUCUGGAGGUUUUCGGAACCCACCUGGACUCGUUCCUGUGUGAUCCGAUCCUGUGUGAUCCGAUCUAAGUGGACCUGCUUUGACAGAGUAGUUGGACUAGAUCAUCUCUAAAGGUCCCUUCCAAACCCUACCAUUCUGUGGUCUGUCAGUUGGAUUCCCAUUUUCCACUCCUAAUAUUGAUGGUCUUUAAAGUGCAUUUGGAUCCAAGACAUUUUCUAUCACCGAACAAAUCGAGAGCCUCCUCUCAUCUCAGUGCAAUACAGACAGCUUAAUAUUGUAUGACCUCAUAUUUCCAAAUUAAAUGAAAAACGAAUUUUCUCUAGCUUUCCAUGAAGCUCAGCUAUUGCCUGUUAAUUUUGACUGUUAGUGCUGAUCUUUCAGUUGGAUUUACACUGGAAAAUGUAGCUUUUAACGGGACGGUUGCUUUUGAGUCUUUGAACGCCUCACUUCAUACAGUGUCUCAGGCUUUAGUAAGUUCUCCAGCAAACCAUGAUAUCAUAGCCAAAGAAGGGACCAGUGUUUUAAUUGAAUGUAAACUGAACAUCAGCCAGUAUCAGUAUAUUCUUUGGUAUAACUCCAGAGGACACCUGCUCAAACAGAAAGAUGAAGGUGGGCGGUGGAGGAUUGCUGACAAUUCCCUUAACAUCACCAAGGUCAGCUUUGCCGACCGGGGGCGGUACACGUGUGCCGGUGUUGAUCGCAAUGACACCUUCUAUUACGCGGUCACCCUGCGGGUCAUCUUCACCUCGGGAGACAUGAGUAUCUACUACAUGAUUGUGUGCCUCGUUGCCUUCGCUAUCACCCUCAUCUUAAACAUAACCCGCCUGUGCAUGAUGAGCAGUCACCUCCGCAAAACAGAGAAGGCCAUCAAUGAGUUCUUCAGGACGGAAGGGGCUGAGAAGCUUCAGAAGGCUUUCGAGAUUGCCAAGCGGAUCCCCAUCAUUACAUCUGCCAAAACGCUGGAGCUGGCCAAAGUCACUCAGUUUAAGACCAUGGAGUUUGCUCGGUACAUCGAAGAGCUUGCCAGAAGCAUUCCCCUCCCGCCUCUGAUCCUUAACUGCAGGGCGUUCAUGGAGGAGAUCUUCGAGGCUGUGCGAGUCGACGAUCCCGAUGAAGUCGGUGAGGAGGGAAAACAGACGCAAGGCUGCGGCGCCCAGGCUGCCAUAUACCCCAUCAACCCAGAGCUCAAGCGCAGCGAUUCGCCGGCUGGGGACUCAGACGAUGGCUCCAUGAACGAGCAAGGUCAAGAGAUAGCUGUUCAGGUGUCCAUCCACCCGCAGUCAGAGGUGCAGAGCAUUGACACUGUGUCUCACGAUAGCUGCCAGUUUGCACCUUCCGAGGAAGGUGCCUGCUGAGUCCAGCAAUACGCUGCUGUUGAAGGAAGCACAGGUGGCCCCAGGAUGCUGCAAGAGAGGGAUCUGCAAACAAGCUGCCUCAGUUCCAUAUGCACAAGUGUUUUCCAAACUGCAGGGUGCCAGAACUGCUACUGAAAUCUGUAUUUUCUGUCAGUGUCGAUGUAACAGUUUCCAGUCUGUUAGAGAAAGCCCUUUGGAAUAUUGUGCAGUGGCUUUUCUUUUUAAAGCAAGCUUGCCACACUUAAAAUAUUUUACAAACCAGGAAUUCCGUGUCCUUGGCUCCGUUGUAGUUUCUGAUACUUUCAGCUUGUAUUAAAGUGGCCCAGCUGAGCAGUACAACUUGCAAUAAGAUCUUUUCCUUUGUGAACUUUUUCUUCCUUCACAAAGUGGAGCUGGAAUUCCUUUGAGUCAGUGGUGUUGUCCUGAUGAACUGUGUGCUCUUUUUCUAUUGCCUUUUGGUGCGUGUAGCCCAUCAGAACCACGGUGAGCUGGAACAAAUCUAUUUUGUGUCGUGCGCUUCUGUGUUGCUCUCAAAGUAUACUGGAUGUAGGAAAGGAGUAGGACCAGGAUCAGCUGCUGGACUAAACAAAUUGUUGUAAAAGCAGCCUACAGAACAACCAAGGGAUCACAGUUUUCCAUGCACCUGCAGAAAACUUGUGUGUACUCCAGUGUGUGGAGAGAGAAUUGUUUCCAAGCUCAUCGCUUACCCUUGGUGCUGAUUGCCAAAGCGCCUUACCCUGGUUCUGUCUUGCAGAGUGAAGCAGGAACAGCACUGCCAGCGCUGCCUUUCCUUUCACUUUGCUGAUUUCACUCGUUACAGAAAAUCCAAAGUUUUACGUCGUACUUGACAUUGUUGUGAGAAAAAAGAAUGACAGUAAUGUGUAGUGGCAUAAUCUGAAAACUAAUUCGUCUACAGGCCCGGUGUCUCAGGCACUUCUUCCUGAGCAGUGUUUUAAUAAAGGAGGUGAAAGGUGGUGAGACAGGAUUUGCUCUGGCUAGUACUUUCAGAAAGCAGCUGAGGCAAGUGGUUAGCAGAUGGGCUGGCUGAACUAUUGACCAGCCUCUGUCUACAGGAGUGGAGGAACUUGUUGAACCUGUCCUGUCUCAUCAGCUGAGGAGAGGUGGCAUAAGGGAGAGGUGCAGGUGCUGACAGACAGCACACGUGUAAAUACUUCACCAAGGAUCUCCCACACGGCUUCCUUGGCCGCAGAGAUCCGGCCUUGAAGAAUCAGAGUGCAGACAGGAAUCUAGUUUCUUCUUUCACUCUUUGGUGCUGAUUUUUUUUUCUCCUUAACAUUUGUAAGUUGUAUCACUUAAAUAGCAUUUUAUGUCCCGUUGAGAUUUAGUGGAUGUAAGGCUUGUAAGCACUCCACAAAUUAAUUUCUUACAACUACUGGAAGCAUAUUGCCAUAUAAUUUUAACAACUUGGCAACAGGAGCACCAUUUAAUUUCCCACAACUCUUUUUUUCUUUCCUUAUUAUUACAAAAAUGUCAGUUGAACAAGGGAUUCUGGACAGCUGCUCGGGGUUCUUAAGAGGAUUUGACUUUACAUUUACAUGAGUAGAGGUGGAAAACAAGCAGGCACAGUGAUAAUAACAGGAUGAGGCCGUCUCAUAUGAUGCACGCUCAUAACAAAGGGUCUGAACUAAUUGUAGGUGUCGUAUCCUAUCAGAGAAUGGGAAACCAAAGCAUCUAUUACCAUUUUAGACUACCUUCUGGGGAAAGUUCUGCAGCAGCUGGUCACCAGGAAAUGCAGCCUUAGUUGGCUUGGGUGUGUUGGAGAAAAGAGGUGUUUGUCAGGAAGGAGGAAAAUUGCUAGCCGUGGUUAUAGUAACAUUCCCACCAGCUUUGCCACCCAUUCCCAAGACUGUAGCAAACUUACCUGCUUCAGGGGAAUAAAGCCUUCUGUAGUCAUUUAAAAUAGCUACUGCUCUCAUCACUAACUUCAUUUUUGCUUCCAUGGUUUGAUGGCACUUUGUGUCCAGGUGAAAAGUUAGUAUAGGUUUGUGUAACCUGCCUGCUUCCCUUUUAAGUUUUUUUGAGGUGAUGAGCAUUAAAAGAUACUCUUGUGGAUAAAUGCCAAGGUCUAGGAGCCCUGCCAAGAUGCUGCUGGCUUCACUUCUGUACUACGCUGAGAUCUGCAGGUUUGUUGCACAUGCAUGAGUGGAGAUUUGAGGGCUUUUGGGUGGCCUAGUUGAAAGAGGUGAAGGCUACGAGAGGGAAUGAACUAGUUUAAUCUCCUUUGUUCCACAGGCUGUCAGGAUUGUACCUGCACCUGACUUUUUGUCCCAUUAACAGCUUCUGUGAAACUGUUGCGUUAUACGCAGCAGUAGCAUCCUGGACAUUUUGCCCCGAAGUACAUACACAAUGUAGAGACGUAGCUCCAAAAUCAAACCUCCAUUUAAUUGCUUCCUAAGAAGCAGUUGUGCAAUCAUGAUUGACAGAUGUCUCAUCAGACGUGGCAGCUUACAGGCAGCAGAAUGACACUAGAGGUGUGUCAGGUGGGCAUCGGGAGAGCAGUUUCCAGCAGUUUCAAUCUGUUCUUUGAUUUUUAUACUUUAUUUACAUAGCUCCAAGUCCUUCCUAAGAACAGUUGCUUGUUGUCCUUUUGCUGGUGGAGAGGAAAAGAUGCUCAUGCAUAAGGGUCCUCAGAAAUGCAGUUGCAGUGUCAAUUGCUGGACAGUGAACGUAAGAGUUUUGCUGAAUGAUGACAGUAUUUUGUUCACUAAGUUAAUUUCAUCCCCGGGAAGGAGGCGGUUUCGUAAGGAUUUCAGUAAAUCGGGAGCAGUUAUUAGAUGUAAGAACUGAUCCUACUCCCCCUGAAUUCAAUUAGAGCAGAUUUGAAGCUCCAGUGUAUGUUGCAAAUGAUAUUACAGGAUCUUUAUGCAUCUGAGAGCAAGGAUGAUGGUGAUGUUAUGCUGUAAACGUAAUUUCCAGAGAGUGAAACCUGACAGUGGUUUCCAAACAACUUGUGAAUUGUUCUUGUUACCCAGAGUAGUUGUUGUGCACUUAAAUUCAUCUGAUGCAUCUAAUUUAACAUUAAAAGAUGAUGUAAACAUCAGUGUUUCUCUCUUGUUGUAGGACAAGGAGAGUCUACCUUGGUUUUCCUUGCUUUAAACUAAGUCCUUUGACAAUCACAAGGCUAUUUUUCUCUUCUUUGUGACUUACAUUUAUUUUAAACAAUGUUAAAUCUACUUGUUAUGCCAGAGUACCUAAAACUAACUUUGUAGUGGCUAUUUGUAUUACCUGGAUUGGAAUGUAGCUGUUUAAUGUAACCACCUAGGAUUUCAUACUUUCAUACAAUGAACUGGUAGAUUUGCAAAAUAAAUUACAGACAAAA